AUGGCUAACGAACUUGACGAUAUCGAACUGACAGAAAUUCUCUUCCUAAAGAAGCUAUUCUCCUCUGCAUUCUCAGUCAUAUUUCUCGUCAAUGUCCGCAAUCAGCAAUGCAUCAUGAAGGUGCAUCAUGGACGAGGACCCCGGAGAUACUACGAACCAGAAAACCGUGAACUGGAUAUUCACGUCCUCGAGUCCACUGCCUACACGCGACUGAAAGAACGUGGGCUUUGCGACCGUGGAAUUGUACCCAACUACUUGGGCGCCGUAAGGAAAUUCGACCCGUCUUUAUGCCAGCCUCAUUUGAAAGAUUUCCUGAAUGACGAAUACCUCCCAAGCGCUAUUUUCCUGGAGUACAUUGUCGGCCUAGAAAUGAUCAGUCUCGAUAUCUAUACACAGGAACGUAUGGACAAUUUCGUUGCGGGCAUUCGACAAAUACACAAAGCGUUUGUGCGACAUCGAGACCCGAAACCGAGGAACAUGAUGGUAGUCAAAGAUACUCCUGACAGAGUGGUCUGGCUGGAUUUUGACCGGGCGGAGACCUACGACGAAGAGGGAAUCACCAGUGAGCAAGCAAGACUGAUCGAGGAGGAGCAAGAGAUUGUUACGGGGUUCAAAAUUUGUCUGGUAAGUGCGCCUACUACCGAGAAGUCCAUCGCAGCCUCUUACCCUAAAUCCCAUCAACAGGAAUCCGACUACGCGAAAGGGAAGCUUGAUGAGGCCUAUAAUUUCUAUUGCACUUGA